AUGCUUGUUGAUGAAUCAGAUAAAGAAGAUGAAGCUGUAACUGAAGGUGAUGCUGAAGGAGAUCAAGUCCGUUUAUCUCCUGAAUCUGCAAGGUUAUUGAAAGCUCUUACAAAAAAUUUGGAGACAGAGAAAGCAGCUGGUGAUGAAGAAGGUGACGAUGUAGAUAAAAGUUCAUCAAGCUCAUCUGAAGAAGAUAUUGAUGAAACUGAACGUGCGGAAAGAAUUAGAGCUAAAAUAGAGAAGGAGAAACAGUUAAAGAGAAAAAGGAGAGAGGAUAAAGAUGAUGAAUUGUACAAUCCAUCUCCUGAGCAUGUUAUAGAAUCUCAAACACCUCCAUCAUCUGGUGGUAGGAAGAAGGCUAGUGCAAGAAAAAGUGUGGUUUCUCCCAAAGCAGCAAGAAGAAGGAUGAUAAUCAAACUGAAUCCUAAACGUUCAUCCAAACCAAAACCAUCUACACCACCUAAACAACCUACUCCACCACCAUCACCUCCACCACAAACUGAACAACAAUUAUCACCACCACAUCUAUCACCACCACAUCAAUCACCACCACAUCAACCAUCACCACAAUCUUUAUCACAAAUUCAUAUUGCUACACCACCACAUGAACAACCUGUUGUUACUUCACAGCAAAUUUUCCAAACACCACCAUCUACCCAACCACAAGUUCAAACCACUCCUGGUUCUUCAGGCUUUAAAGAUUUUCCUCACAUUCCAGUGAAUAUUCCUCUUGAAGACAUUGGAGAUUUCAGCUUUGUGAAUGAUGAGCAAGUAAAGAAGUUGGAAAAGAAAGUAGAGGAAGUGUUGGUUUACAUUGAUAUUCUCAAAGCUAGAAUUGCUGAGUUGGAAGAUGAAAAAGCUCGCAGAGAUGAGCAGAAGGAGUAUUUUAAGUUGAAGAACAAAGAGCUAGAAGCUACCAAUGCAAAGAAAGAACACGAGAUGUUUAUGAUAAAUAAAGUGUUAGAAAAUUUGAUUGGAACUUCUGUUGAACAAAAGUUUGAAGAAAUUCAGGUUGAAGAAGUGAGAGCUCGUCGUCAAGCUGCGAUUGAUGCUGAGAUGAAAAACAAGGGUAAAGGUGUUGAAGGUGUUUCUGAAAUUACUGAGAGAGCAAUAAUUCCAUCUUCUGUUUCUAAGUUACCUGUUCAAAAUCCUUGUCCUAUCUCUGCUGUUUCUGGUAUUUUUGAGGAAGACGUGUUAAUUGAUGAUGUUAAUGAUGAUGAGGAAGAUGUUGAAAAGGAUGAUGAUGAAGAAGAGGAUGUUGAUGAAGAUAAGACAGAUGAUGCAGAUGAUGUAUUUUCUGCUAGUAGUCAUAGUGAUGAUGACAAUGAUGACGAUGGUCAAGGUGGUACAGGCAUUAAAGUUACAGAAGCGUCAACUGAAGAGAAUGUCGAUGAUUAUCUUCAUGACGAUGCUAAUGAAGAACCAGAAAAUGCUGAAGGUGAGGGGGAGAAUGUUGAUGAUCAGAAUGUUGAUGAAUAUGAAAAGUUGAUUCUGCGUAUUGAACCUGAUGUAGAGGAAGGGGAAAUCAGGCAUACAUAUACUCUGGAUGAGUACCUCAAGUUAACUCAUGUUGAUGAAAAUAACUUCAAGUUUGACUUUGAAGAAGAAUUAAACGAUUUCGAUAUCAAUCGGCAGCCCGAGUAUCAGUAA